AUACUAAAUUGAAUCACAAUUCGUCCGGAGCACUGUCGGAACGCACACUGUGUAAGGUCUCCUUAAAAACCCUAACUCCGAGAGUGGCGGUUCGAGAAAUUCUUAUGGCGAUUUCUGGAGAUCUUAGAGUUUCUGCAACACUCGGAUCACAUCCUGCUCAUCUCGUCAGCUUCGGACCUCAUCUCUUCCUUCUCGGGUAUAAUUUCUUCGAUUCCUUCUCAAUCGGAGUUUCUCUGUUGUAUAAUCAUCGAUUCAACAUCAAAUCAAUUCCAUCAAACUGUUGUAUUUCCUUGAAUUGUUUGGAUCUGAAUUCCAUCAUACAGGUGGAUUUCGUUCAUUUUCUCGGAACAGCGUCUUCAUCACGAGGUGACUUCAAUAAUCACAUAUUGCAUUGCAAACCUAAACGUUCAUCCUCCAGUCUGUUCAAGGAAUACCAGCUCUCUCACAAUUCUCUCAGCCAAGAAGCAGAGAAUUUCCUUCUCAACGUGGUGAAAAUGAACUUCUUCGAGCGUCUAGGUUUAGCCUGGAAGAUAAUAUUUCCAACUCCGAAAACCGUAAGGAAUUCAAAUGCAAAGAUCGCCAAGCAACGUCUGAAGAUGAUACUAUUCUCCGAUAGAUGCGCAGUUAGCGAAGAGGCGAAGCAGAAGAUAGUGAGCAACAUUGUUAACGCUUUAUCGGAUUUCGUGGAGAUUGAAUCGGAAGAGAAAGUUCAGCUUGCUGUCUCCACCGAUGCCGAUUUGGGGACUAUUUACUCGGUAACCGUUCCCGUCCGGCGAGUGAAGCCGGAAUAUCAGUUGGACGAUGAGAGUGGAUCGAUAACCAAUAUUGAAUACAGAGACGAUGGGAAAGGUGGAUCUGAUACGGUUGAUGUCACCUUUGAUUUCUAUCUCCCAACUGAUCAAUUUAAUUAAUUAUUAUUAUUAUUAUUAUUAUUUGUGUACAUAUUUUCCAAAAAAAAAUCAUACAUCUGUUUGUUGUUGUUUGGUAAUUGUAUGAACUUUGUUUUCUUUUAUUUGGAUUAAUGAAUUAAUUAUGUUUCUCUUUA